CGCAUGGCUCUGUGGUAGACAAAAAUGAGUAAAUUGUCGUUCCGGGCGCGGGCGCUAGACGCGUCCAAACCGUUACCCGUCUUCCGCUGCGAGGAUUUACCGGACCUGCACGAAUAUGCCUCCAUCAACCGGGCCGUGCCGCAGAUGCCAACGGGCAUGGAGAAGGAAGAGGAGUCGGAACAUCAUCUCCAACGAGCAAUUUCAGCACUGCAGGUAUAUGGAGAGAAGCGGGAUAACAUGGUUAUUCCUGUCCCAGAGGCGGAAAGUAACAUCGCUUAUUAUGAAUCUGUGUACCCAGGGGAAUUUAAGAUGCCAAAGCAGCUCAUUCACUUACAGCCUUUCAGUUUGGAUGCUGAGCAGCCAGAUUAUGACUUGGACUCUGAAGAUGAUGUCUUUGUGAAUAAGCUGAAAAAGAAAAUGGACCUCUCUCCUCUCCAGUUUGAGGAAAUGAUUGACAGAUUGGAGAAGGGCAGCGGACAACAGCCAGUUAAUCUCCAAGAAGCCAAACUAUUACUGAAGGAAGAUGAUGACUUAAUCGCAGAGGUGUAUGACUAUUGGAUUAAGAAAAGGAAAAACUGUCGUGGGCCUUCCUUAAUACCAGCAGUGAAACAGGAGAAGAGAGAUGGCUCCAGCACCAGUGAUCCUUAUGUAGCUUUUAGAAGGCGGACGGAAAAAAUGCAAACUCGAAAAAAUCGAAAGAAUGAUGAGGCUUCCUAUGAAAAAAUGCUGAAGUUGCGUCGGGAUCUAAGUCGAGCGGUCACCAUUCUAGAAAUGAUAAAGAGGAGAGAAAAAAGCAAGAGAGAAUUAUUGCACUUAACACUGGAAAUAAUGGAGAAGAGGUAUAAUCUAGGUGACUUUAAUGGAGAUAUAGUGUCGGAGGUUUUGGCACAACGACAGCCAUUGAAGCCCACCUAUGCCAUCCCCAUCAUUCCUAUUUCUAGUAGUCCAUUUAAACAUCAGGAUACAGUAGAGAUUAAAGCUAACAAGCAAGAAAAAUCUGAAUUUGUACGACCGAAACGAAAAUAUGAGAAAAAGCCCAAGGCCCUACCCUCCUCUCCUGCUGCUCAACAGACAAGCCCUGCUGCACUGCCAAUAUUUAAUGCUAAAGACCUGAAUCAGUAUGACUUUCCCAGCUCUGAUGACGAACCUAUGUCCCAGGUCGUGUCAGGUUCUUCGGAAGCCGAGGAAGAAAAUGAUCCAGAUGGUCCCUUUGCUUUCCGUAGGAAAGCUGGUUGUCGGUACUAUGCUCCUCGUUUGGACCAAGCUGGCAACUGGCCAUGGUGUAGUCCGGAUCAAGGAGGACUCGGAGACAUUCGCUAUAGAUACUGCCUCACUACUCUCACUGUACCCCGCAAGUGUAUUGGGUUUGCACGAAGACGGGUCGGGCGUGGUGGAAGGGUGCUCCUGGACAGAGCACAUUCGGACUAUGACAGCGCUUUUCAUCAGCUGGAUGUCGACUCGCUUUCCUCUUCAGAACACUCUUCAAACAAUCUAUUUGCCAAUACCUCAGAAAUGAAUACCUCGGAUAAAUGUUCCUCUAAAGACCUCAGCCAGAUAUUGGUCAACAUAAAAUCAUGUAGGUGGCGCCAUUUUAGGCCUCGGACAACAUCCCUACAUGAGAGUGACAUUAAUGACUUCUCCUAUAGAACGUUUCGCAAAGGUAUAACACGAACAGGCACAGCACAAUCUGGGACCCAGACUUGCAGUACCUCGACAUCAAGUAAAAGUAGCAGUGGUUCAGCACACUUUGCAUUUACAGCAGAACAAUACCAGCAACAUCAACAACAACUGGCACUAAUGCAGAAACAACAGCUCGCUCAGAUUCACCAACAGCAGGCCAACAAUAACUCAUCUGCCAACACUUCACAGGGUUUCGUAUCCAAGACAUUAGAUUCUGCUAGCGCUCAGUUUGCAGUUACAGCCUUGGUAACGUCUGAACAGCUGAUGGCCUUCAAAAUGAAGGAUGACGUGGUCCUUGGAAUUGGAGUGAAUGGCAUCCUUCAAGCCUCAGGAGUAUACAAGGGCUUACACCUCAGUAGUACUAAUACAUCUGCAGCACUCGUACAUACAAGUCAAACACCAUCUUCAACUGGUUCAACCUUGCUACAGCCUUCCAAUAUUACACAGACUGCUAGUUCCCACAGCACUCUGAGUCACCAAGUAACUGCUGCCAACUCUGCAACAACUCAGGUCCUGAUUGGGAAUAACAUCCGAUUAACUGUACCCUCCUCCGUUGCCACUGUAAACUCUAUAAACACCCUUAAUGCACGCCAUUUACCUAGGACUUUAAGUGCUGUUCCUCCAUCUGCCUUAAAGCUGGCUGCAGCCGCAGCAGCAAAUUGUCAGGUACCCAGUAUUCCAGCAUCAUCACCUGUGGAUGCAGUACCAAGGGAAAACCAUGAAACAGAAAAGCCAGCAUUGAACAGUAUAACAGACAACACAGUAGCAAUGGAGGUGACGUAGUUUCUACGGACACAGGACUUUAGCCUUGGGGACUUGUUUAGGUGCUAUGCAUCAGUAGCAUUACGAAUGCAAGGGAUGAUGGGAAGCAGCACACCGCAUUUCCAUGGCAGCUGUGGGGACUCAACAGCAAUCCACAUCUCUCAUGCUUUGAUUUCUUUUCUUUUCGUACUGUUAAUAGGAAACAAUAAACAUCUGUAAAUUAUGAAUACAGCAAUUAUCUGUACAGUCCUGCAUAUUUGUAAUACUCUUGUAUAUAUGUUACUUGAAUACAGAACUGUUCAUUUGUGAUGCUUUGCACUGGGGGGGGCGGUAACGGGAAACAAAACUGCAACAAAGUAAGAGUGUGAGAUUGUAUAGAGAUGAGAAGUGUCAUCACAUCAUGUGCAUGGUGCGGAACCUGCUGUUUUAUCUAUUUAUUGUGCCGUGUUUACAGUUUUUUGUACACUGUACCUUCAUUGGUUCCUGUGCUGUAGUAAAUGUGUUAGGUAGCUGUGGA